CUGGGCGUUUCUUGCAUACAAAAGGACGAGUAGUGUCUUCAUUCCUUUCCAGUUCUUGCCUUUUCAGCUUGAAACUCUCCUCAGGCUCAGAAUGGCUGAGCAGGAUCAAUACCUCACAGAUCUAAGCCAAGAGAAUGGAAAUCUCGAAUUACAAAUCAGGGCGUUAAGAUUGGAGAAUGAGAAAUGCAAUAAAGAACUUGAAGAUCUAAGACAAGAAAACAGAAACCUCAAAUUAGAAAUCAGCAAAUUAAGGUCAAGUCUUCAGGACAGCCAAAAUGAAUUGCCCAGCCCCAAGGAUAGGUCUGGACUUCCAGAAAACCAAAAUGAAUUGUCCAUCUCCAAAGAGAGGUCAGGCCUUCAGGACAGCCAAAAUGACUUACCCAGCCCCAAAGAGAGAAUGAGUAAAGCAGUGGACCACAAAUUAGAAAGUAAUGAAGAGUCCAGAGAAUCUGAACUGCAAACUGUGCUCAAGAAACCUGUAAGUAAGAAGCACUGGGUAAAACUUCCAUUCCAGCUGAACUCAACAGAACAUGAUGGGCAGCAGCCACAGGAAAUUAGUACAGAUGAACCAAGUGACAACAGGAAACAAUCAGAAGACUUGAUCAAGAAGCCACUAAAACAGUGCACUUCACCGGCAAAGGCAUUUACUGCUUGUACCCAGCCUAAAGAAUCACUAGUUUCUAUCGGCAUAGAUUUUGGCACAGCAUUUACUGGAUACAGCUUUGGGUUUAAAGGAGCAAAACAGAUUCGGCAGCCUAAAUGGGGUGAAGAGUACGGAAUGAACACCCCAAAAACUCCUACCUGCAUUUUGUUUGAUGAAGAUCAAAUUUUUCUGAAGUUUGGCUAUGAUGCCAUAAUGACAUACACCAGACAGACACGGAGAAAUGAAGCAAAGAAGCUUUACCUCUUUGAUGACUUCAAAAUGGAGCUCUAUGGCAAGGUGUUGCACAGAGACUCAUUGAUGACUGCCAAAAAUGGGAAAAAAAUGAGAGCUAUGAAAGUGUUCUCUGAGAGCCUGAAAUUCAUGAAAGAUCACGCCCUGGAUAUGAUUGGAAAGCACACAUCUGGAGUAAAGUACUCUGCCUCUGAUGCUACAUGGGUUUUGACAGUUCCAGCCAUUUGGAGCUCUGCAGCUAAAAAGUUCAUGACAGAAGCAGCUAUAGAGGCUGGUCUGGUGUCCGAAUCUGAGCCUGAAAAACUGAUUGUAGCUCUGGAACCAGAAGCAGCAUCUGUGUGGUGUAAACAGCUCCCAAAAGAAGGUUUUAUGGAAGGGGAUCUUACAGAAGCAGAGACAAUAGAACAAGUUUCAGGAACACAGUACAUGGUGGUGGACUGUGGAGGUGGAACCAUUGACAUCACAGUGCAUGAGGUGGUGGAAGGGGGUCGUCUAAAGGAGCUGCACAGGGUAUCAGGAAAUAACUUGGGUGGCCAAACAGUGGACAAAAACUUCAUAGUGUUCCUCAGAGAGAUCUUCUCUGAAAACGUGUUUGAUGAGUUUGAGGAAAAUCAUCCCAGUGAGCUGAAGAGGCUGAUGUAUGAUUUUUCCAUGUGUAAGCGUUAUGAUGGAGAGGUGCUGGUGCAGUGUCCUUAUAAUUUACAAGAGCUAGCCCGGAAAGUAAAAGACAUAGAAGAUUAUUUUGAGGGAAACAGCGAUGCUGAAUGGGAAAGUGGGUCAAUACUGCUGUCAGGGACAAAGCUGAGAGCUUUACAUUAUGAUUGUAUCCGAGGCAUAGAAAGCCUGAUAGAAGGAAUUUUGGAAAAAAGCAACCUGAACGUCAGAUAUAUUUUGCUGGUAGGAGGCUUUGCCCUGAGUCCUUACGUGAACGGCUUUGUUAAAGAGAAGUUUGGGUCAAAGUAUAAGGUUCUCUGCCCUGUAGAUGCUGCAUUAGCCGUUGUGAAUGGAGCUGUUAUGUUUGGCAGGAUGCCAAAUGUUGUGGAAUCACGGAUCUGAGCACUGUGAUGUUUGUUUUUCACUGCUUAGGAAAGAAUGGCAAGUGAAACUUUUUGAUGAGGAGAAAGGGUGCACCUUUAUUACGAUUUAUGAUUGCGAUAUGCUAGAUCAGUACCAACUGUAAAUAACCCAGGUAAUCUAAGCUUAGUUUGUAGUAAAGAUGUUGGAGCAAAUAAGUGAGGAUUCUUGUCACAUUUCCCUUCACAACUCAAAUCCUCUGUGGCGCGCACUCACUGAACUGAAAUCAAUGGCAAGCAACACUGGAACUCUAGAAAGUGAAAUGGUUCAGGAAUGGUUAACAUUAAAUGGCCAUUGUUACUGACAGUGUCAACAUUUUGUCCCUACAAACUUUCUCUACCUUUUUUUCCAUAGUUCCAGUGUUGCAUGCUGAUGAUUUCUGUUUAGUGAGUGUGCACUGCAGCAAACCCUUGCUGACCAGGGAUGUGACCUUAAUGUCAAGAUGCAUGACCUCUCCUUCUGGCAAUCUGAUGGACGAGUCUGGAUUUGGCUGUUGCCAGGAGAAUGGUACUUCUCUGACUGCAUUGUGCCAAGUGUAAAGUUUGGUGCAGGGGGGGUUAUGGUGUGGGGUUGUUUCUCAGGAGUUGGGUCCAGUUAAAACGAACCCUUAAUGCUUCAGCAGACCAAGAGAUUUUGGACAAUUUCUUGUUCCCAACUUUGUGGAAACAGUUUGGGGACAGACCCUUCCUGUUCCAACAUGACUGUGC